AUGAGUGUGGUGGCUGCUUGGAGCAGGAUACAAUAACUGGUUACUGGCCAUCAGGACAUUCGGGCUGUACAAGGAUGAAGCCAACAAAGUGAAGCCCCAUACACUUUGUAACAAGCCAGGGAAAAGGCAUUGCAGUCUGACUGACCAGCAGGAUCAAAGUUUAGCACCACCUGAGUAGAGAGUGUGUGAUAAGGGGCAGGCACCAGACAGGAGGAAACCAGGCUGGAAAAGUAGGUUGGGCCUGAUCACGGAGUACCUUGGAUGCAUGCUAAGAAGACAGACUGUAUUUGUAAGGAGUAGGGUUGAGCCGUCAAAGGAUUUUUUAAUGAGGGGUAUGACACCGUGAGAUUGUAUGUUAAGAAGAUGUCUGGGGCCAGGGUAAGGGAUGCUUUGAGAGGGAGUGGAUUUAGUCAGAGAAACCAGCUAGUUCACUGCAGGAACCAUCCAGCUAGGAGGUGUUGGAAACUUUUCAUCUCACCACUAAGAAAUAUACCAAACACCUGCUGUGUGCUAGGUGCCAUAUAGGUCCUGGCAAUAUACCAGUGAACAAGCCUCCCUGCCCUCAUGGAGUUUACAUUUUAGCAAGAGAGGUAGACUGAUAUGCAGUUUGGGUGAAUGAGAAAGUGAGACAUGCAUUAUGUUAGGUGGUGAUAAAUAAUAGGCAGAGGGAACAGAAGGGAAGAGGUAUAAGGAUUGUUGGGGGCAGGUUAUUUUAAAAGGGUGGCCAAGGAAGGAAGCCUCAUCAAAGCGGUAUUUGAGAACCCAGAGGAAGUAGCUUGUGGAGGAAAGAUGGAGAAAGGGUGGUUCAAGAGACAUAGGAAGCAGAAUCAACGGGACUGCCCACUGGGCUUUCUUUUUGUUGGCAGUACAUAAAGGCCACUAUGAUCAAUAGGAUAACAAGUGAGGGAGAAGGAAGAAUCAAAAAGAAGAGAUUUUUAUUUAGCAUUGACAAAAGGCCACUAUAGACAUCAGCACAGGUGAUGCUCUUCCAAACACAGUUCAGCCCUUGCUUUUCCUCCUGUGGUUUUGUGUGGCAGUCUGUCUCCCCAGUUAGGUUGUAAGCUUCUCCUUGAUGCCACCACAUUGGCUAGACCAAGUGCUGAAUACACUCCAGGUGCUCAGUGCCUAUCCCUGUUGGAGGGUGUUUCCCAGAGCCUUGGCUGCCUACACCAGCCUGUAGCCUUGGGGCCUCAGCUCUCCUCGUCUUGGAGCUCCUAGCACUGCCUCACUGGCUGCCUUUCCUAGUGGAUGCCAGGUGGCUGGCCACUCUACAGAGUGGGGAAGCUGGGUGCCUGCUGUGCAGGGCCGGCACGAUCCCGUGGAGGGCUUGGGUUAUGGGCUGGGCAGCAGCUUCUGGCCCUGUGGUUCUUGUGGCCUAUCCUAGUGUGUUUAUGAGUGCUUUUUGCUUUCUCCUUGAAACUUCCCUCUGUGUUCAAUUCCUGGUUGUUCCUUUGUCCCAGAGGGCAUUCCCAGUGACAGUGUGGCUGAUCCAGGGUGGGCAUCUCUUACUCAGGCAGUGGGCAGCAGCUGGGUGCUGUUGGCUUCAGCUCCCCACCCCUUCUCUCUCAGAGCUCAGCAUGCCUCUUGCUGUGCCCUACCUGAGUGAGCCCCCAACUCCACUCCAGUUCUACCGGGACUGGGUCUGCCCCAGCAGGCCCUGUGUCAUCCGCAAUGCUCUGAAGCACUGGCCGGCACUCCAGAAGUGGUCCUUUCCCUACCUCAGAGCCACAGCAGGCUCCACGGAGGUGAGUGUGGCUGUGACCCCGGAUGGUUACGCGGAUGCAGUGCGAGGGGACCGCUUUGUGAUGCCUGCCGAGCGCCGCCUGCCCCUGAGCUGCGUGCUGGAUGUGCUGGAGGGUCAAGCCCAACACCCAGGAGUCCUCUACGUGCAGAAACAGUGCUCCAACCUGCCUGGCGAGCUGCCCCAGCUGCUGCCUGAUCUGGAGCCCCACGUGCCCUGGGCCUCUGAGGCACUGGGAAAGCUGCCUGACGCUGUGAACUUCUGGCUGGGGGAGGCAGCUGCAGUGACCGCUCUGCAUAAGGACCACUAUGAGAACCUCUACUGCGUGGUCUCUGGGGAGAAACAGUUCCUGCUGCACCCACCCAGCGACCGGCCCUUCAUCCCGUAUGAGCUGUAUACACCGGCGACCUACCAGUUAACUACAGAGGGUUCCUUUAAGAUGGUGGAUGAAGAGGCCAUGGAGAAGGUACCGUGGAUCCCCCUGGACCCCUUGGCUCCAGAUCUGGCCCGGUACCCCUGCUACAGUAAGGCCCAGGCUCUUUGCUGCACAGUGCAGGCUGGUGAGAUGCUCUACCUGCCAGCCCUGUGGUUCCACCAUGUCCAGCAGUCCCAUGGCUGCAUUGCUGUGAAUUUCUGGUAUGACAUGGAGUACGACCUCAAGUACAGUUACUUCCAGCUCCUCGACUCUCUCACUAAGGCCUCAGGCCUCAACUGAGAGCCCUGGUGAGCAUUACCAAGGACGGCUCAUGGAAAAGGUUGUGCCCUCCCAGACCAGGUCAAUUCUAGAAGCAACCUGGAGUCAGAGAUUUUUGGCUGUUGGCCCAGCUUGGCUUGGGAUUAGCUUUGGAGGAUUUGGGGAGGUGGUCAGGAGGACCAGGCGGUGCCAGGCAGGUCUGGGUGUGGGCUCGGGAAGUUGCCCCACAGGUGAGGCAGGAGCCUGCACUGGAGGAGCGCGGCUUCAGGUGCAGCACCACCUCUCACCAGCAUGGUGAGCUUGGCCGGAGUAUCAGUGUCCUAUCUGUAAAACACAGAUGAUGUUGGUUCCUGUCUCAUGCGGUGUCGUGGGGCUUGGAGGUGACGUCUGUAAGGACAGCAUAGGGCUGGUACAGAGGAAGCGUUCAAUAAAAGGUAGCUAUGA